AACACAGAUGGGCAUGUUGGGAACUGUACGUAAAUGAAGCGUUAUUGUUGUGCCAUUGAGUGUUAUUUUCAAGACCCAAAUCAGUUAAAAGGGCACAUGGCAAAUGGCAAAUGGUCGAUUCUGGACACUUUCUCUACAGUUACUAAUUUUCACGUCUUUGGAAGCACCCUCCCAUAUUUGGGUCACUUCCCCCGAAAGGCUAAAAGAUAUGAACCACUAUGGCGUGGCUGGGUGGUUGUGAUUCAUAACUGCACGAAAAGUAGAGGAUACGAAUGUACAACAUCUUGAUCAUCUUGAUUUAAGCAGAUUAAAAAUAAGUUCACUCCCAACUCAGAAGACGAGAACACCUCUAGUCUCUUCAUUCAUGGCCUCUCAUACAGAGUGUGUGAGAUGUAACAUCUCUAACAUUGUGAAGCUCAGAAGGACUUGCAUGUGGCGGAAACCGGGCAGUGGUGGUGGAAAGAAACCGCCCCGAGAUGUUCCGCCAGGCCACGUAGCAGUGACAGUAGGCGAAGCUAGGAGGAGGUUUGUUAUAAGGGCUGACUACUUGAACCACCCACUUCUCCAGCAGCUGCUAGACCAGGCUUAUGAAGAGUACGGUCAGAGUAAGGAGGGUCCUCUGGCUAUACCCUGUGAUGAGUUUCUAUUCCAGAAUAUCAUCCAUUCCCUUGCAAGCCAGUUCUCUUGCAAUGUGAACGAGAAGAAGUUGGUGCUGAGCUUGUGGAAGGACUCCGGACCACUACUCAACGGCUUUUCAAGAGGAUCAACGUGCUAGGACUACAGCUCCGAUGGUAUUGUCUACCAAUAUGGCAUUCUCUCCCAGGGAAUAAUCAAAUUCACAUAUUUUCCACUAGUAAACAUUGAGGUCUAAACUUUAGAUUUAAUCUCAUCAAGUCCUUGGCUGGCUUAUUUAACAAAGCAUAAAAUUUAUCUCAUCACUCAUCCAUAAGUGAGUACAUCCAAAUGAGAACUUGUGAUAUCUACUAGUUUUCUAAUCCAAGAGCCUAA